AUGGAGGCUGACGACAAGUUGAGAAUUGCCAUUAUCAACCCUGACAAGUGCAAACCCAAGAAGUGCAAGCAAGAGUGCAAGAAGACUUGCCCCAUCAAUAAGACAGGAAAACUUUGCAUCGAAGUCACUCCCGCAUCAACUAUCUGCUUUAUUUCAGAAACCCUCUGUAUUGGUUGUGGUAUGUGUGUCAAGAGAUGUCCUUUUGAGGCCAUCAAGAUUAUCAACUUGCCCAAAGGUUUAACCAACGAAGUCACUCAUAGAUAUGGCCCCAACGCUUUUAAAUUGCAUAGACUCCCUCAGCCAAGAGCUGGUGAGGUCUUAGGGUUAGUAGGAACUAACGGUAUCGGUAAAUCUACUGCACUUAGAAUCCUUAGUGGUAACAUCAAGCCCAAUCUAGGUAGAUAUGAGAACCCUCCUGAAUGGAAAGAGAUCUUAAGAUUCUUCAGAGGUAGUGAGCUUCAAAAUUAUUUCACUAAGAUGCUUGAGAACAAUUUGAAGGCUUUGAUCAAGAUUCAAUAUGUAGACUCUGUAGCAAAGUCAAAGGCUGCUUAAGGUAUUGUAGGAAAGAGACUUAAAGCUGUCGAUAAGAGGGGUAAAUUAGCAGAAGCUAUUGAUAAAUUGGAUCUUGAGAGUAUUCUUGAAAGAGAGAUUCAAUAGUUGAGCGGUGGAGAGCUAUAAAGAUUUGUUAUUGCAAUGACUGCUCUUUAAGAAGCAGAUAUUUAUAUGUUUGAUGAGCCUAGUUCUUAUUUGGAUGUUAAGCAACGUUUAAAUGCUGCUAGAAUGAUUAGAUCACUAUUAUGCCCUGAAAAUUACGUUAUUGUAGUAGAGCAUGAUCUCUCUAUUCUCGAUUAUUUAUCAGAUUUCAUCUGCUGUCUUUACGGUAACCCAGGUGCUUAUGGUGUUGUAACUAUGCCAUUCUCAGUCAGAGAAGGUAUAAAUAUUUUCCUGAGUGGAUUCGUUCACACUGAAAAUAUGAGAUUCAGAGACGAAGAACUUACCUUCAAGGUAGCUGAAACUGAAGAGGAGAAAAAGGCAUAAGGGGCUCCAUAAAAAACAGCUCACUAUAAAUACCCAAAGAUGUCAAAGACAAUGGGAGAAUUCUAGAUCAACGUUGAGGAGGGUAGCUUCUCAAACUCUGAAAUCGUUGUAAUGCUUGGUUAAAAUGGUACUGGUAAAACCACUCUUAUUAAAAUGCUUGCUGGUAUUCUGAAACCUGAUCAAGAUGAUGUUGAUAUUCCUAAAUUAAACAUCAGUUAUAAACCACAAACCAUUGCACCUAAGUUCGAGGGUACAGUAAGAGAUCUCUUAUAUACUAAAUUAUCAACUUAAUGGGAAGCACCACUCUUCAAGACUGAGGUUAUUAUCCCACUCGAUAUUGAGUCAAUACUAGAUAAUACUGUUCAGACCUUAUCAGGAGGAGAGUUACAGCGUGUUGCCAUUGUCUUAGCUCUUGCAAAACCUUGCGACAUUUAUCUAAUCGAUGAGCCUUCUGCUUAUCUUGAUUCAGAAUAGAGAGUUAUUUGUGCUAAGGUAAUGAAGCGUUGGAUCUUGAACAUGAAGAAGAGCGCUUUUAUUGUCGAGCAUGAUUUCAUUAUGGCUACCUAUUUAGCUGACAAAGUUAUUGUGUUUGACGGAGAGCCCGCUAAGGUUACUUACUGUACAUAUCCAGAGGGACUUGUUACAGGUAUGAACAGAUUCUUAAAGCUUAUGGAUAUCACGUUCAGAAGAGAUCCUACUAACUUCAGACCUCGUAUAAACAAACUUGCUUCAUAGAAAGAUCAAGAACAAAAGGCUGCCGGAAAUUACUUCCUAAUGGAAACUUCAGAAAAAGAAAAAGAAAAGGAUGAGGAAGAAGAAACUAAAUAAGCUAAACCUAAAGGAAAGGCAGCAAAAGAAGGAGCAGAAGAUAAGCCAGCCAAGAAAUCUAAAGCUCCUAAGGAAUGA